GACAUUCACAGACGGAAUCCGACAUCAAGUCUGCAAGUCUGAAGGCAAUACAAGGGAUGAAACUCAAGGAACAAAAACUUCUUGAUCAACUGAGAGAGAUGUCAGACAAACACAUCGGACAACUGAAGGCAGACAUUAAGUCAGGUGAGAUGUCAGUACAGAUGUACCAACAACAGGCGGUGCUGAUUGACCAGGCUCUACAAUCUGAGUGUGACAUGGAUGUGUAUGAGAUGUAUCAGGGAUGUGCGGCGGAUGAUGUGGAGGCUGUCGGAGAUGCAGAUGUGAAGGAGAUAGGAAGAAUAACCAAGGUCACAUUCAGACAGGACACGGACAAGCUGAGUAAAUCUCUGGACGAUCUACAGCUGGGUGAGAUAGACGUCAUGUAUGAGAGUGUGCUGGACCUGAAGGCUACUCCUGUGUUACAGGACACCACUGACGUCAGAGUAGCAGGCGACAGUAACAGACCAGACCCGAGUGACGUGACAGUGAUGGUGGUGAAUGACACAGAUACAGUUUUAGUCACCGACUACUACAACCAGAGUGUGAAGUCCUUCUACACCAGGAAUAACCAGACACGUCACAGUAAACUCAGUCUGGGUGGUAAACCAUGGAGUCUCACAAAGUUGACACACAACCAGGUGGCCGUCACUGUCCUGAACAUCAAACAGAUUGUAACAGUAGAAGUCAACCCUGACCUGGUGCUGCUGUCAACCAUCACAACCAGCAAACAGUACUGUGGUAUAACGUCCUUGACACCAUCAACACUAGCAGCUAGUUCCCGGUCUCCCCCCUCUGUUGACAUCCUGGAUAUGACAGGAAACGUGCUGAGGUCAGUCAGUCCACGCCACUAUGGUAGCAAGAUCUUACAAUAUCCAAACUUCCUCUGUACUACGAGGACAGGAAACAUCCUGGUGUCUGACGGUGGAACCGAGUGUGUCCUGUGUCUGACCCCCGAGGGAGAUGUGGUGUUCACCUACUACAGCCCUAUAGGAGACACAGCACUGAUGUCUCCCCGGGGUAUCACAAGUACCAGCACAGGCGACAUCCUGGUGACAGACUACUCUCCAAACAGAGUCAUCCAUCUGACGGAGUCAGGACAGUUUGUCAGAAACAUACUGACACAACAGGACGGUAUCAACCAGCCCCAGGGUGUGUGUGUAGAGGGACAUGGCCACGUGUAUGUUUGUCUCAUUAGCGGAGUUAUUAAGGUGUUCACAUGUAAACACUGACAACGUGUGUUUGUGACAUAUAUAUGUGUAUAGAACUCUCUCAGGUUCCUGUCGUCUUUAGGAAGGAAUUCAUGAAAGCCCAAACUGUAUGAUACUGAUUAUCCACAAGUUGCCUUUUGGAUAACGAGAUGUAAUUUAGGCUAUCUCAGAGCUGUUGUUUGUGUCAACCUGUGUGGGGUGUGUCAGAACCUAGAAAAUUUGAAACAUUGCAAACCCAAAAUCACAGCAUAA